GUUAGAGCAAGAUGUUGCGCGCCGUUGCAUUGUUUGAAUACAGCUUAUGUUUAUGAUUUUCCUUAUGCUCAUUUGUAACCGCCAUCGGCCAGCCACCGGGUAUCCGAACGGACAUCAUGAAUCUCUUCGAUAUGACAGUUAUGCACACUUGGUUUUCUCUCUGCUAUGGACGCUCUGACCUAUGAAUCCUAUGUGUUUGACCCUCGCCCUCGCUAUCCCCUCUUGACGACGGCAAAGCGAUACUGGCAUCCUCAGCUGUUCUCAGACGACCCGGACGCGCUAACGCUUGUAUUCACACAUGGGACUGGGUUCCACAAAGAACAAUGGGAGCCCACAUUUGAGCAUUUAUGCGAACUCUUGGAACGUUCUGGGCAUCCAAACAUAAAGCUACGAGAGAUUUGGAGUAUUGACUGCCCGAAUCAUGGAGAUGCCGCAAUAUUGAACGAGGAGGAACUCUCAUGGGGUUACUCUGAAGUUUUCGGUUGGGAGGAGUAUGGUCGCAGUGUGCAUGCUUUCCUAGCUGGCUUGGGAACGGGAAUCCCAGUAGAUUUCAAUACUAGGAAUCUUGUUGGCGUAGGGCAUUCUAUGGGUGGUGUCGCUUUGACACUAGCCAACACAUUUACACCCACAAUUAAUUUCAAGUAUAUUGUGCUGGUCGAACCGAUGACCUAUCACAAGCCUCCCCCUGGUCAGCUUCCAGCAUUCAAAUUGGACCUUGCGGCGGGGGCGCUGAAACGACGUGACACAUGGCCAAGUCGUCAGGCUGCCCUCGAAUCAUUGGAGUCACGGCCUUCCUUCAAGAUAUGGGAUCCUCGGGUGCUUAGGGUGUUUGUGGAACAAGGUCUGAGGGACUUGCCAACGGCGUUGCAUCCAGAUGAGAAAGAGGGCGUGACGCUGAAGUGUGCAAAGACUCAAGAAGCAGCAUCAUAUCGUGAUAAUCUUGGUCGAACUCGGGCCUACAAGUUCCUCGGCGUACUUUGUUCGUCUCUUCCCGUACACUUCAUAUAUGGAGAGAUAGACGAUUACAUUCCACGAGAUGCCAAGAAUAGGGUUCUCAAGGAAGCUGCUCGUGGGAAGUAUGCUUCCCUCACAAGAGUUCCUAAGGCUGGCCAUUUAAUUGUACAGAUGCAGCCUUGUGGGCUAGCGAAUGCGAUUGCUGCAGUGCUCGAAAAGGAGGCAGCUAGAGCAUCACGACAAAGUAAGCUAUGAUUGGAUUUCCAUGUGACGUAUGUCCCCGGCACAUCAGUCUGGACAAUAUGGAGCUCCCCGGUGACAUGAUGUUGUUCGCAAAUUGGUCAAUAAAAGCUCCUCCUGGUGAUGAGUUUGUGCUUCAACGCAACCCCCACACACCGCGGCAACCCAAACGCCGACCGCACGCCCAGAGAUGCAUGGUUUCUUAAGGACAGCACACUGGAAUAUGAACGUGUUCAUUCUAUAUCAUAAAAAGUGGGUCUGAUGAUAGCGCUGAUAUUCCUCCUUCUGCCCACCCUUCACCCACAUCUCUGUCCUGAAAAGAAAUGUAUUAUUAUCAGAUGCUCAUUCGACUUACUAUUCAGAGUGGAAGGAAUAGUCACUGGCAUUUCGUGCAGCAAUAACCCGAAUCCUAGACAUCUUCGAACGGUAAUUGAACCCCCAAGAGCCGCCUGUUCUAUGGAUAUUUACGCUCAACACAUUGUUCACA